GGAGCGGCAGCCCCCUCCCUUCCCCCGCUCGCUCGCUGCCGCCUUCCCUCACCGCGCGGCCGGGCUGCGCUGCCGCCGCCGCCUCCAUCUUGUCCCCCCGCCCGCCCGCCCGCAGCAGCAGCAGGAGCCGGAGCCGCCGGAGCGAGCGGGGAGCAGCGGCCGGGCCGCGGCGGGGGCAUGAGGAGGCGGCGCUGAGGCGGCGAGCCGACAUCUUGCCCCCUCCCCCGGCCCCCCCGGGUGUGCGCGCCCGGCCGCGCGCGGGGGAGGCGGCGGCGCAGCCCCGGAGCCGCCGCGGCGGAGGAGGCGGCGGCGGAGGAGGAGCGGGCAGGUAACGCGGGCCCCGGCGCCCCCUCCCGCAGCCCGGGGUCGCGGCAAGAUUUUCUGGGUUGCAGCUAUGAGGAAACCUCGGAGGAGGUCCCGGCAGAACCUCGAGGGGAGACGCUCUCCCUCGCCCUACAGCUUGAAAUGCUCACCCACCCGAGAGACUCUGACAUACGCCCAGGCCCAGCGGAUUGUAGAGGUUGACAUUGAUGGACGUCUUCAUCGUAUCAGCAUCUAUGAUCCUCUGAAGAUCAUCACAGAGGAUGAGCUGACAGCCCAGGACAUCACAGAGUGCAACAGCAACAAAGAAAACAGUGAGCAGCCCCUGUUCCCAUCGAAGUCCAAGAAAACGCCAUCUAAAGGCAAAAAGAAGGAGUCAUGUUCCAAACAUGCGCCAGGGACAUCUUUACACUUACCCCAGCCCAGCUUCCGGGUGAUGGACUCCUUCAGCCAGCCUGAUGCUCCUCCCCUGCCUGCAGCAUACUACCGGUACAUUGAGAAACCUCCUGAGGACCUCGAUGCAGACGUGGAGUAUGACAUGGAUGAGGAGGAUCUGGCUUGGCUGGAAAUGGUCAACCAGAAGAGGACGGAGGAUGGCUAUGGGUCGGUUUCUGCUGACACUUUUGAGCUGCUAGUGGAUCGACUGGAGAAGGAGUCCUAUUUAGAGAGCCGCAACAACGGGGCUCAGCAGUCCCUCAUUGACGAGGACGCCUUCUGCUGCGUCUGCAUGGACGAUGAGUGUCACAACAGUAACGUCAUCCUGUUCUGUGACAUCUGUAACUUGGCCGUGCACCAGGAGUGUUACGGCGUGCCCUACAUCCCUGAGGGCCAGUGGCUUUGCCGCUGUUGCCUUCAGUCCCCUUCCCGCCCGGUUGAUUGUGUUCUUUGUCCAAACAAAGGUGGAGCCUUCAAGCAGACCAGCGAUGGCCACUGGGCCCAUGUUGUUUGUGCCAUCUGGAUCCCAGAGGUCUGCUUUGCGAACACUGUGUUCCUGGAGCCCAUCGAGGGGAUCAACAACAUCCCACCCGCUCGCUGGAAACUCACUUGCUACAUCUGCAAGCAAAAAGGCAUGGGAGCUGCCAUCCAGUGCCACAAGGUGAACUGCUACACUGCCUUCCAUGUCACCUGUGCCCAGCGUGCUGGUCUCUUCAUGAAGAUUGAGCCCAUGAGAGAGACCAGUGUCAACGGCACGACUUUCACGGUGCGUAAGACUGCUUAUUGUGGGGCUCAUUCCCCACCUGGGACACUGAAAAAAGGGUCUCCAGCUGCUACCAGUGAGGGGGAGGAGGACAUUAUGAAGGAGGAAAGAGAGGAGGAGGGCAGCACUGGGCCCCCCAAGGGAUCUCUCAAGAAGAACAAAGUGAAGUUGAAACAGAAGAUCAAAAAGGAAGGUGGUGACCUGACAGAUGGACGCUCAUCUGUGCCACUGGUGAUGGUCACACAAAUCCCUUCUUACCGGUUGAAUAAGAUCUGCAGUGGGCUCUCACUCCAGAGGAAGAACCAGUUUAUGCAGCGGCUGCACAACUAUUGGCUGCUGAAACGCCAGUCGAGGAAUGGUGUGCCUCUCAUACGGCGCCUGCACUCUCACUUACAGUCCCAAAGAAAUGCAGAGCAGAAGGAGCAGGAUGAGAAGACCAGUGCAGUGAAAGAGGAACUGAAGUAUUGGCAGAAACUGCGGCAUGACUUGGAGAGGGCACGGUUGCUUAUUGAGCUGAUCCGUAAGAGGGAGAAACUUAAACGGGAACAGGUCAAAGUUCAGCAAGCUGCUAUGGAGUUACAGCUGACUCCUUUCAAUGUACUGCUGCGUACAACCUUGGACCUGCUACAGGAGAAGGAUCCUGCCCAGAUCUUUGCAGAGCCCGUUAAUCUGAAUGAGGUUCCAGAUUACCUGGAAUUCAUUUCCAAACCAAUGGAUUUUUCCACCAUGAGGCGGAAGCUGGAGUCCCACCUGUACCGAACCUUGGAUGAGUUUGAGGAAGACUUUAACCUUAUAGUUACCAACUGCAUGAGGUAUAAUGCUAAAGACACCAUUUUCCACCGAGCAGCUGUCCGGCUCAGAGACCUUGGAGGAGCGAUAUUGCGCCAUGCGCGACGGCAGGCUGAAAACAUUGGCUUUGACACUGAAGUGGGGAUUCACCUGCCUGAGUCGCCCAAAACAGAAGACUUUUACCGCUUUUCCUGGGAGGAUGUGGAUAACAUCCUUGUCCCUGAGAAUCGGGCUCACCUUUCCCUGGAGGCGCAGCUGAAGGAGCUGCUGGAGAAGCUGGACAUGGUGAGCACCAUGAGGUCCAGCGGCGCCAGAACCCGACGCAUUCGGCUCCUGAGACGCGAGAUCAACUCCAUCCGGCAGAAGCUGGCCCAGCAACAGAACAAGACCAUGCCGAAUGGAGAGUCCGCACCACGGGAGGAAGGGCUUGACAGAGUACUGAGGGGAGAGCAGGAUGAUGACGGGGAGAAAGCAGAUGACACCAAGCCCCCCCACCCCCCCACUCUGGAGCCCACAGGACCCGCACCCUCCCUGUCUGAGCUGGACUCUCUGCAGGACCCACCGAUGCUCAAGCCCAUUAGUGAAAGCAAGUCCUUGAGCCGGCUGCAGAAGCGCAUGAAAUCGGACGGCGAGCUCUUUGACAAGAAGACGCUGCAGAGGGAGAGCCAAGCCUUCCAGCGCUUGCUCAGUGACAAUGGCCUGAACGGCCUGGCCCUUCAGGCCACGGACACUCCUGCCAACCCUCCAUUCAGUGGUGUGGGCAGGCGGACAUCUGUCCUUUUUAAAAAAGCUAAGAAUGGGGUGAAGCUGCAGAAAGGCCUGGACUGCCCGCUGGAGAACGGAGAGGACCACAGCCAGACUGGACAGAUUUCCUCUUCUGGCACAGAGGGUGAGCGGCAAGCCAGGAAACGGCCACGGAGCAGGAGCUGCAGCGAGAGCGAUGUUGAGAAAUCCCCCAGGCAGUCAGGAGACACAGCAGGAGUGACCAAUGGCUUUGGGAAACACGUGGAAAGCGGGUCUGACUCAGAGUGCAGCUCUGGCCUUGGCAGCAGGCUGACAUUUGAAGCGUGCAGUGGUUUGGCUCCUCCGAAACGUAGUCGAGGGAAGCCUGCACUUUCUCGGGUUCCAUUCUUGGAUGGUGUGAACGGAGACUCUGAUUACAGCAGCUCAGGCAGAAACCUCUUGAUGUCCUUUGAGAGUCAGGCUGACCUGGAACCCUUGGAGCUUGUGUGGGCCAAGUGUCGAGGCUAUCCAUCCUACCCUGCCUUGAUAAUUGAUCCUAAGAUGCCACGUGAGGGCCUCCUUCACAAUGGUGUCCCCAUCCCUGUCCCUCCCCUUGACGUGUUGAAGCUGGGGGAACAGAGGCAGACAGAGGCAGGAGAAAAGCUCUUCCUUGUCCUUUUCUUUGACAACAAGAGAACCUGGCAGUGGCUUCCACGUGACAAAGUACUUCCCCUUGGAGUGGAUGAUACGGUGGACAAGCUAAAGAUGAUGGAAGGCCGAAAGACCAGCAUCCGCAAGUCCGUCCAGGUGGCGUAUGACCGAGCCAUGAUCCACAUGAGCCGUGUACGGGGAGACCACCCCUUUGUCACAUCACAUUACCUGUAGGGAGUCACAACAGCCUUCCCCUCUUUUUUUAAGCCCAGUGCUUGCACCUGGCACAGGGGACCUUCCGUGCACUGAAUGGCAGGGGAUUUCUCCCUGCCAGGAAGAGGGUGAUGGGGCGGGUGCUGCGUUUGGUCAUGUUCUUACGCAAGAUGCACUAUUCCUAGCAGUGUGAGCAGCUCCUACAAAGAGUACCCUGAUGUGUGCCAAAAAGCCUGCCCAGGUUCCUUCUGAAUGUGUCUUGUUGAAGAGCCGGCAGGAGAGGAAAUUAGGUAUUAGGUUGGAGCAUGUGGAAGAUGUGAGGAGGAACUGCCUUGUGAGAGCUGCACCUUGGCAGGAGCUGGGGUCAGUUUUGCAGUAGGGGAGGAGCUGCAAUCUGAUGGGUGGACUUCAGGCCCCAUCCUCUUGGGUUUUUAGUCUUCAACCAGCCCUGAGUAAUUCUCUGGAACCUCUCACCAUUGUAAAUAAACCGGUGUCCUUGAGUGGAACCCCCAGCUGGACUCGCUUGUGCCAAAUUUACAAUAACCAUCACCGGCCUUUUUAUUUUCAGUUUUUUUAAAACAUUGGUUGACCCACCACAUCAUUCUAAGUUCAUGGCCUGGUGUUACUGGCAUGACUCAUGCCUAUGUAUAUAAUCGGUUUUCCCGAGAGUUUCACCACCAUUAGAAAAGACCGAGACCAUAUUUUGAUAACCCUCCCUGGCCCCUGCACACAGAUGCACAGAGCUUUAAAUACAAAAAACUAACAAACAAAAGACCCAAUCUUCUAGGGUUUUGUGCAUUUCCUAGAAGAUUAUUCAAUAGUUUGAUGUUUUAAUUCUAAUUUUUGUGGCUUUAUAAUUACUCCAGGAACAUUUCCUGUUGCAUCCUAAUGCAGUAUCAUGUCUGGACAAAAUACUUGUUUUUAACCUAAUUUUAGAAGCACCUAAUCAGCUGAACCAACUUUAUGGACAUUAAGGUUGAUCAGGGUAAGAGGAAGACAUGACCGCUGUGUCCUUGUACGCACAGUCAGUUUAGAACAACUCAUUUGUGUGUCAGCUACCAGUUGCUUUCUCCCCUUUUUUUCUACUGAUGGUCCCUUCAAAGUUUUCUUUUAGUUUGGUUUGGAUGGACUUAAUUAAAGCUGUGACUGGAUUCCUGCUUACCAGAGCACAUUACCAUUUUGCCUUUUCACUUUCAACCCUUCUCUACUCUGCGGGUUUCCAGCAUCAUGAUCCACUAAAAUUCCACCCAGCUCUGCAGAUAACCCCGUUUUCCUUCUUUUGUAUUGCAAGAACUGGGACAGCUGACGUUUGAAAACGGAUGACAAUACCUUUCUUUUUUAUUAGCCAGGGACUCUUAAUUUCUCCUGCCUGUUCUGUUGUGUUUCAUUUUUUUCCCUUUAAAUUUUAAGAACCAAAGGUGCAGAGCAAGAUUGUAUCAUCAUUUUGCUUUUUAACUCAAUAUUUUUUUAUUAUUUUAACUUUUUCAUACUAAAGAGAAUGUGGGGACAAAAUAAUAAUAAAUAAAUAGGGGAAUAAUCACUGCCAUUUCUACUUGGUCUACUUUUUUAAAGUACCACUUCUUAUACAUUGGGACAUAGAACCACACUUUAGGGAAGAUACUUGUAACAUAUAAAGAUGGGGUAUAGGAUUUUGUAAAAAUAAUAAUAAUAAUAAUAAUAAUAAUAAUGCCUAAGGAGUGUGGAUAGGGAAGGAAGAUGUGUACAUAGUUGUAAAAUACUGUUCUAAAUUAUUCAGGCCUAUAGUCACCAUUCUUGAAGUCCUCAGUUGUGUUGCUGGGUCUUUUGUAUGCACAGUGUAAUUUAUUUAAAGGAACACACACUUUUUUCCAGGUAGUAGCUCAGCUGUGGACUUGUGACCUGUGUAUAACUGUUUGGGGAUUUUUUUUUUCCUUUUUUUUUUUGUUUUUUUUUAAAUGACAUUUUAGAAUUUGGAUUGGCUAAUAUCCUGCUGUUGCUACGGGACCUAAACGUUACUGUCAGUCUGCUGUAAAGCACAGAUCGCUCUAUUUAUUGUAGAAAGUGAGUUUAUUUGCUUUCUAGAACUGUUUAUAUCAGAUGGUAUAAGAGAGGUAAUAAGAAAAUCUAUGCUUGUAAAGAAAAAAAAAAUGCUAAUUUUACCUACUAUAAUCUGACUGUCUGAGACUAUAUUUUCUCUCUGAGAAAUAAAUGUUCUAAUGUAAAA